CAACGGCGUCUUUUUGAAACUCCGCAUCCAAAUGCGCACCAUGCCCAAACGCACAGCUCCGCCACGCGUCCUAAUCUGUCACAACCGCCGCGCGUCUAGGCCCGCCCCGCCCUCAUGGUCCCCGCCGCUCUCCUCCUCUCGCCGCCGGGCCGCCUCCUCGCCUCCGGCCCUCCCCGCUGCCACGUCCCGACCCAGCAACCCUCCACCGCCACCCGCGGCCUCGUCCUCCGCGGCGCGGGCUCCCCCGUCGUCAAGCGCGUCCCCGGCGGCGGCGGCGGCUGGCUCCUCUGGCACCAGUCCAACGCGCGCGUCGCGCUCGCCACCUCCCCGGACGGUCUCCGCUGGAGCGCCCCCGUGUCUCCCGACCCCCUGCUGCCCUCUGUCGACUGGUGGGCGUUCGACACCGCCGCCGUCCGCCCUUCGGACGUCCUCCUCAUCUCCAACCCGACCGCAUCCUCCCGCCGCUUCCCGUCCUCCGCCGUGUACUGGCUCUACUACACCGGGUCUAAUGACGAGCGCUUUGGCUUCCCGUUCCCCGCCGCAGACGUCCCCGCGCUGCCCGGCCUCGCCAUUAGCCAGGACGGUCGCCACUGGGCGCGCAUCGAAGGGGACCACCACAGCGGCGCGCUGCUUGGCGUUGGGGAGGAGGAGGAACUCCGAGGGUGGGAGGCGCGCUGCGUGGCCUCGCCCAAGGUGGUGAUGCACGCCGACGGGGACCUGCGGAUGUACUACCACUCGUUUGACGAAAUGUCGCAGAUGCAUGCGAUCGGUUUGGCGAGGUCCAGGGACGGCAUCCGGUGGACGAAGGCGGGGAAGGUGCUUGAGGGGGGACGGCCUGGAUCGUUCGACGAACGCGGGGUACGGCAUGGGCAUGUCGUCCGCGACCGUGCCGCCGCGCGGUAUGUCAUGGUGUACGAGGGUGUUGAUGCCGAUGGGAGGGUGAGCAUCGGGAUGGCCGUGUCAGAGGACGGCCUGAAGGGGUGGAGGCGGUGCAGCGAGAUGCCAGUGCUGUGCUCGUCUGAGGAGGAUGAAGGGUGGGAUGACGCCGGGGUCGGCUCACCGUGCUUAGUGCAAAUGGAUGGGGCCUAUGAUUGGAGAUUGUAUUACAUGGGUGUUGGGAGGGAUGGCGAAGCUUCGAUUGGAUUGGCAUAUUCAGAGGGUCAGGCUCUUCAGAAAUUCCAGAAGUGUGAUGCUGUUCUCAUGUAAGGUGAGGUUUAGUUUUGUGGAAUGUAAAUGUGGAGGAGUUCUGGCUCUUCUGGGGGUGUUCAGUACACUUGAGACAAAAUUUGUUAGAUGAAAACUACCAUCUCGGCUGAUUCUGCUUUGCAUUAUUAAUGUACUGCUAUUGACUUUUUAA